CUAGACCCUUGCUUUCGCACAUCGGCGGAACUGUGCGAAAAUCCAUGCGGAAAUGGUGCGGAACUCACGAGUAUUGAUUGACUUCAUUCCCGCUCUUCAUGAUUUCAUACAUAUAAUUACGCUUGUUCAUAAGCCAGAACACAGCUCAGCCCUCGGUCAAAGGCACCUGGCUUGCAGUUCCGUUUUUAACUUCCCCCCGCCAGCAUCCAGCCAUGCCGGGCAAGAAGGCUGUCCUCAUCGGUUGUAACUAUCCAGGGACCAACGCGGCCCUGCGUGGAUGCAUCAACGAUGUGUGGGGAAUGAAGGAGAUCCUCAUCACCUACUAUGGCUUUACGGACGCGGACCUGACCAUUCUGAUUGACACGGACAAGAGCUACCUGCAGCCCACUGGGAAGAACAUCAAGGCCAAGAUCACGGAGAUGGUGAGCGCCGCCCAGGACGGGGAUGUGCUGUUCCUGCACUUCAGCGGCCACGGAACCCAGAUCCCCAGCGCAGACGGCGACGAGAAGGACGGCAAGGACGAGGCUAUCUGCCCCACGGACAUGAACUUGAUCUGUGAUGAUGAUCUGCGUGUGCUGCUGAAGCCGCUGGAGACCAAGCCCGGUGUGAAGUUCACCUUCAUCGCCGACUGCUGUCACUCUGGGACCCUUUUGGACCACGAAUCGGUGCAAAUCAGCGGCCCCAAGUCGGGCGCGCCCCCGCCGCCGGCCAUCGACAUGGGCGCGCUGGCAGGCUUCCUGGGUGCCCUGGGACAGCCUGACGGCCGCGACUUGAAGAACCGGGCGCUGCCGUUCAGCGAGCUGUGCGGCAUGCUGAGCCAGCUGCUGGGUGGCGUGCCGGUGGACGCGCGCACGGUGCGCAGCAGCAUGGGCACCAUCUUCGGCGCCGACUCCAGCGCCAAGAUCCAGCAAUUCAUAGGCAUGUACCAGGCGCUGACGGCAGGCACCAAGGGUGCUGCUGCCGGUGGCGCGGGGGGCAUCCUCCAGAUGCUGUGCGCGUGCCUAGCGCCGCCCGCCGACCAGAACGGCCCCUCAGGCACUCCUGCCAACGCCCAGAGCGGCCCGGGCGCCCACUACGCGGCGCCAGCGGCGGCGGGGAACCUGGCUGAGCCCGACUUGAAGGUCAACUACACGCCCGGCGCCAAGCCGCCGGCCAACGAGCAGCUGGGCGCGGACGUGGGCAUUCUCAUCACCGGCUGCCAGAGCAAUGAGACGUCCGCGGACGCCUGCCCCAGCGGCAACCCCGACAAGGCGCACGGCGCGCUGUCCAACGCCAUCCAGACCGUCAUCAAGCAGCAGCAGCAGCAGUCCCCCGGCCAGCCGAUUACGUACAGGAACCUCGUAAUCGCGGUGCGUGAGAUGCUGACCAAGACGGGCUUCGCACAGAACCCCUGCCUGGAGUGCAGCAACAAGAACGCCGACACCCCGUUCAUUGUGUGCUAAGCGAUUGGGCCUGGCGUUGUCAGGAGCCAGAGUGGGGUUUGUAGAUACCAGCCCAAACUAAACCGAACCCAAUGCAAGAGAUGGCUUGAACCUGAGGGUAGGCUUGUGCGCGGGUGGCUAUGAGCAUACGCAUGCAGGGCGAGGAGAUUGCUUGGUGACAGCUGGCGGAUUGGUGAGCUGUGGCGUGGCGGCAGGUACAUGAUGGUGUGGCGUGGUGGUGAUGUAUUCUCUCGAGCCGCUGUACACGUGACGUUUCCGGUGAUUUGAUACGACUGGAACUGUUCACUCUGUUAUGACAAUAAAUUCUAGUAGCUGAUGCCAGCACGAGUAAGCAGACGUAUACAUGGAGAGUUUACUCAAGGUUGCAGUGCCCAUGGACAGUGCGCUGUGACUCGCUCCAAGCGCCUGCCUGUAACUCUUCCCCAUCAUGUGGGUGGUUGUCCGGCACAUGUACACGGCGGCGGGGCCUCAUUGGCACGCUCGGUCUACUCGCUCUUUAU